AUCUGAGAGCUCUGCUUAUGUGUUCGAUGCUUUUCAUUCAUACAGAAUAUAGCCACAAGUAGGUACAAAAGGUGUAACUCAAAUGGAAGGCACAGAUAUUGUGGGGUUUGCUAACUUUAAGGAAGUAAAUGAAAGCGAUGAAGAAGAAGAAGAAAUCACGACAAUUAAGAAAAAGGCAUGCAAGAAAUCAGGAGGAUUUCAGUCCAUAGGUCUUAGCUAUCCUGUAUAUAAGGGAAUAUUAAAACGUGGUUACAAAAUACCGACACCUAUCCAACGAAAGACAAUUCCUUUAGCUUUGGAAGGCCGUGAUGUAGUUGCUAUGGCAAGAACUGGUAGUGGAAAGACUGCUUGCUUUCUACUGCCCCUAUUCGAAAAAUUAAAAGUAAGACAAGCAAAAGCUGGAGCAAGAGCGCUAAUUUUAUCACCGACUCGAGAGCUGGCGUUACAAACAUUAAAAUUCAUAAAGGAAAUAGGAAAAUUUACAGGCUUGAAAGCUUCCAUUAUUUUAGGAGGCGAUAGCAUGGAAAAUCAGUUCGGUGCUAUUCAUGGGAAUCCUGAUAUAUUAGUUGCUACUCCAGGAAGAUUUUUGCACGUAUGUAUCGAGAUGGAUUUACAAUUGAAAAGCAUUGAAUAUGUUGUUUUUGACGAAGCCGAUAGAUUGUUCGAGAUGGGUUUUGGAGAACAAAUUCAUGAAAUUACAAACAGACUACCGGAGUCUCGCCAGACAUUACUAUUUUCCGCAACACUCCCUAAGAUUCUGGUAGAUUUUGCCAAAGCUGGAUUGUCAGAUCCUGUCUUGGUGCGUUUAGACGUAGAAAGCAAAAUACCAGAACAGUUGUCGCUUUCGUUUAUAGUAUGCAGGUCGGAAGAAAAAUUAGCAGUAAUGUUAUGUUUAUUAAAAAACAUUAUUAAAAGUGAUUCUCAGACAGUAAUAUUUGCUGCCACGCAACAUCAUGUAGAAUAUAUUCACCAGAUUUUAGAUAAAGCUGGAAUUUCUAAUACAUUCAUUUACUCGAACCUGGAUCCAUCGGCUAGAAAAAUAAAUACAGCCAAAUUUGAAACAAAUAAAAUCAAAGUUCUCGUGGUAACAGAUGUUGCUGCUCGUGGUUUGGAUAUUCCACAUUUAGAUAAUGUGAUUAAUUACAAUUUUCCUGCUAAAUCAAAACUGUUUGUGCAUAGAGUAGGACGUUGCGCGCGUGCUGGCCGAACAGGAACCGCUUAUAAUAUUAUAAGCUCGGACGAAUAUGCGUAUCUUGUAGACUUACAUCUUUUCCUUGGUCGUUCUCUAUGCAUCGUUUCAACAUCCGGAUCCGUAGAGAACGCGGAGGGCGCUAUAGGUAAAAUGCCGCAAGAUAUGAUAGAAGGAGAACUUGCUGAAUUAAUAAAUUGGCAUAAUAGUUCCACGGAUUUGCAAAAUAUGGAGAAAGUAUGCGACAACGCGUACAAACAAUAUAUCAGAUCUCGGCCAGCUGCUUCUUCCGACAGUAUUAAAAGGGUAAAGGAGUUACACAUUGGCGAAGCAGGUGUUAUACCAGAAUAUUCUAAUGUUUCUGCCAACACUAGGAAUUUCUUGUCGAAGAUUCUAAGUUACAGACCGCAAGGAACAAUAUUUGAAAUUGGGGCAAAAGCAUCCUCGACCGACUAUCAAGUAAUGAAAACGAAACGAUCGCUUCAUAAGGAAAGCAUUAUGAAUUUUCACAGAAAAGCGGAGGAACUGAAACUUAAGAAGGAUCUGGAAGAUCGGUCGAAAAAAGUAAAUCUCCCAUCGAGUACAAACGAAGACAUAAAUUCGGCAUUCAACACUGUCGUGUUACCGAAGAAACGAAAUAUCGACGACUUGUACAAACCUUCUAAGAAAAAACGAUCUACAGUCAAGGAUGAAGAAUUCUUUAUUCCGUAUUCUGCUCCGGAUAAGCACACUGAAGAGGGAUUGGCGGUUAACAGUUUCAAUACGGAAGCGGAUAAAGUUCAGAUGGACUUAACCGGAGACAACGAGGAAUCGCAACGUCUCCAGGCGCAAAUCAAAAAAUGGGAUAGAAAGAAGAAGAAAAUGGUUACCGUUAACAGCGAUCAGAAGACCAAGAAAAUUCGUACCGAAUCGGGAGUUUGGAUUCCUGCUAGUUACAAGUCUAAUCGUUAUUCGGCUUGGAAAGAGAAAAGCAAAAUAGACGUCGCGAACGACGACGAUAGCGAAGAAGAGUCUCCACAAAUGCAAAAAUUACUGACAACCGCCAACACGCAUUGGGCACGUCACAAUCAGAAACUUAAAGAGAAAAUUAAGAUCAACAAAGAACUUAAAAGACCGGAGCAAGUCCUGAAGGCACGGAAGUUGUUGGAACGGAGGCGAAACCGAAAUGGUAGAAAAGGUGGAAAAGGUCGGAAGAACAAGGGAAGGAAACGAUAAAAUACGAUUCUUAGAUACUUUGUAUAAACUGUCUAGAAUACAUUUUAAGACAAUAAACGAUCGUUACUUCGAAUAAUA